GUUAGUGCGGACAGGUUUUAUUUUCUUCUCUUAUAUACAGUUCGUUUUACACGUGGUCGUGCAGCCAUGGCGAGUCAAAAGAAUGACAUACUUUCAAAAUUGAAGGACAUUAUAUCAAGGAAAUUUGAGAGUUUGGAAAGACGAAUGAGCGAAAAUCAACAGUUUUCGCAAGCCCAGUUAAAUUAUAUUCAAGAAAAUUUGUCCAGGAAUGAGAAUUACACGUUUCCUAAGAAGGGUAACGAGGAGCAGUACAAGAUCAACGACCAAGUUUUGAACAAAUUUAGAGAGGCAGAAGGAUUUUUGCAAGAAUCCGUCAGGUUGCAGCCCACCGAGUCUGUGGUAGCCGCGAAUAAGAAGAUUGCAGAAGGUACGGACAUUCUAUUGCAUAGACAGAAGCUCAUAAGAUUAGCAGACUCAUCAGAUAGCGGAUGGAGAGUAGUGCAUGAGUAUGAAGCACAUCCAUUAGCAGAGGACUCCGAUGACGAAAAGAAAAUCUACAGAGCCCAGCAGAAGGCAGACCGGAAGUUGCGCCAAGAGCAUCGGAACCGCGCACGACGUUUCUCUCCAUACGUUCUUCCGGUCAAAGGCGAUGGCGAUGUAGCAUCGGCAUCGAAUCAGUCAACGGCAGCUUCGCAGAAUAGACGGCCCGGGACGUGUUUCCAGAGUGCAAGGCUGUAGUCCCAGACGGUGGAGCCGUUGUUUCGAAGGAUAACAAGAUAAGUAACCAUGUUUAUUGUAGUGUGGUUGAGAAAAAAGUAGAAUUCGAUUACAAAAUAUCAGUAAAAACGCCUGUAGGUAGGCUUAAUUCUUGUUACGAGUUUUGGAAAAACGCAAAUGCAAGCGAGUACAUAUUAGAUGUUGUGAAUAAUGGAUACAAGUUGCCUUUUAGAGAUGGACCACGGUCUGUUAUUUUACCAAAUAACAAAUCUGCUAAUGAUAAUUGUUCAUUUGUGUCGAGCGAAAUUGAAAGUUUAUUGGCUAAGGGCUGUAUUUCUCAAGUGAACAAACCCCCAGUCGUUGUUAAUCCUUUGACUGUGGCUUAUGGAAAAAGCGGAAAACCGAGACUUGUUUUAGAUUGUCGUUAUAUAAAUCAAGAAUUAUUUAAAUACAAGGUCUGUUUCGAGGAUCAAUCAGUUGCUAAACAAAUCUUUUGUAAAGGAGACUAUUUAUUUUCAUUUGAUAUUAGAUCCGCUUAUCAUCAUAUAAUGAUUUUUCCAGAACAUUGACAACGUCUAGGUUUUUGCUGGGAAACCGAAAACGGAUAAGGGUAUUAUGUUUACAACGUGUUACCAUUUGGGAUCUCUACAGCGGGUUUCAUUUUCACUAAGAUUUUGAGAGUUCUUGUAACAAAAUGGAGGUCGAUGGGUCACAAAAUAGUUGUAUUACUGGAUGACGGUCUCGGAGGUUCGAAUUCAUUUGAAAACGCUUCUCGCGUUUCAAGGUUCAUACGGGAAGAUUUGCGGAAUUGUGGGUUCUAAAUCGCUGAUGAAAAAUGCCAUUGGGAACCUCGGCAGUGCAUAGAUUGGUUAGGGUAUACUUGUUAAAUGCAUGAUGGUACUGUGCGAGUAAAUGAUGAGCGUAUAGAAAGCGCAGUCUGUUUAUUAAAUGAGCUUUCAUCUAAAAUUGUUAAAGGUGAAAAUAUGUUUCAUGUACGUGUAAUUGCAAGACUGAUAGGUCAGCUGAUUUCGAUGCAAAGCGCUAUAGGGCCGAUUGUACGUUUAAGGUCAAGGUCUCUUUUUAUCAGUGCGUAUUGUCCAGAGCCAGUUGGGACGCUCCUGUCUUGGUGACAUGCAAGGCGUUUGAUGAGAUAUUAUUUUGGAAAUGUAACAUACAUUCGCUGAAUUGUGGGAAAUUAAAGGAAUUUGAUUGGUUUAGUGAAAAUGAGCAAACCGUCGUCUAUUGUGACGCCAGUGGAGCUGGAUUUGGAGGUUAUGUAGAGAAUCACAACAAUAGCGAUGUUGUGGGUUGUUGGUCCGAGUCUGAAACAAGACUCAGUUCUACCUGGAGGGAGUUAGAAGCUGUACGCAGAGUGCUUAAUAGUUCUUUGAAACAAGUAAAAGGAUCUGUAGUAAGACUAAACUCCGAUAACAGGAAUGUAAUAAGUAUUUUAAAAACAGGUAGUAGAAAGUCAUAUCUGCAAGAUAUUGCAGUACAUGUUGAUGAUGUAUGUAGAAGUAAUGGUAUAAUAUUGGUACCAAAUUGGGUUCCACGAAAAAGCAACGAUCAAGCCGAUUUUUUAAGUAGGUCCACUGAUAGUGACGAUUGGUCAAUUGAAAAUUUUCUUUUUGAAAAUUUAUAAAACAACUUGGGGUCCACAUACAUGUGAUUGUUUUGCAUGUAAUUACAAUACUAAAUGCGCCAAAUUUAAUUCUAGGUAUUGGUGCCCUGGUACUUCCGCUAUAGACGCAUUUAGCGUGGAGUGGAAAGGCGAGAACAACUGGAUUGUUCCUCCGCCUCGAUUGGCAUGUGAUUGUAUUCUUAAGAUAAAACACGAAAAGUGUAAUGCAACUGUGUUGCUGCCUAUUUGGAAGUCGGCUUCUUCUUGGCCGUUGUGUUUUCCUGGAGGGAAUGAUAAAGCAUACUUUGUGCAUGAUUUUACUUUAUUUGCAGCGGAUCAUAUUACCAUACGAGGUAGAGGAAGGAACGGCAUAUUUGAUGGGAGACUGUUAAAUUUUGGAUUUAUUGCAUUGCGAUUUAUUGAGUGACGUAUCAUUUAUUUCUGCAGGUUUAAAUCUCAAAACGGCUAUUGAGACGGAGAUUCAGGACAGCGGGAUUAGCGUUAGCGAGUUUGGAGAUUUGGCGGGAAAGAUGUCGUGACAACUUGUGUAUUCAAUAAGUGAUAAUAUAAAUAUAAAGUAUUUUAGUUAUUUUAAUAACUGGAAUCUUUUAUAUCUUCUAAGGGCGGCUUAGCGGUUCCAGCUUCUCCUAUUCAUGUGGCUUUGUAUUUGACUGAUCUUAUUGACAAGCAAGUAUCGAAUUCUGUUAUAAGUGCUUCUUUAUAAAGCAUUAAGUGGGCUCAUUCUCUUAGAAAUCUCCCUGAUCCUACGACUAAUGCAUUUGUGAUGAAUUUACUGGAAUCCGCAAAAAGAACAUUGUCAAAACCUGUUUCUCGCAAUGAACCGAUUUCUUUAGAAUCGUUGAAAGAGCUUUGUGAAAAGUAUUAUAACAAUACAGAUUUGCUUGUAUUGAGGGAUUUAUGCAUGAUAUCUUUAGCAUUUAAUGGUUUUUUACGAUUUAACGAGCUAGUAAAUUUUAGAUGUGAUGAUAUUCAAUUUUUUAACGAAUAUUUUACAAUUACCAUAAGAAAAAGUAAGACUGACCAAUAUCGUAACAGCGAAAAAAUCGAUAUCGCUAUUGGCGAAACUGCGGCUUGCCCGUAUUUUAUUUUAAAUAGAUUUUUAGAAAUUGCUGGAUUAUCGACGAGUGACAAUAGUUUCUUGUUUAGACCUAUUAAUUAUUCAAAAGGCAAUUUAAAAUUGAUUCAGAAAGUCAAACCGCUGAGUUAUACCCGAAGUCGCGAGUGUAUAACGGCUAGAUUAAGAGAAGUGGUAGGUAAUGAAAAUAUUGGCUUGCAUUCAUUGCGCGCCGUGGGCGCAACAUGCGCGGCGAACGCGGGAGUUAAUGACCGUUGUUGGAAACGGCAUGGUCGCUGGAAGAGCGAAAAUAGUAAGGAUAGAUAUGUCUGUGACUCCUUGGAGAGGAGACUGAGUGUGUCUAAGGCUCUGGCGUUAUAAAUAUUGGCAUUUUCAUUCUUAAAUAGAAUUGUGAUGUUAAAAAGUUAAUAUUUUAUUUAUUUUAUUUAUUUUUUUGUCCCACCAGCCCGCUCUUUUCGUUUUUUAAACGUCUCGUCUGGUAUUGCAAACAUGAGUUUGUUGUUUUUAAGGAGAAACAGAAGUGUAGCAAAUAAUGACUAGAUAUUUGAGUAUUGAUGUUGCGAAAGAGUGCACGUGGAAUGCGUACGUUAAGUUGUCAUUCGAUAGUGUAGAGCAUUGGCCUUUUGGAGAGAAACGCUCAAUUUGCUUAACAAAAGAUUGCUCGUUAGUACUGGCGCUUGCUCAAAAGUAGUAUACAGUGAUGCAGCUGCUGUGUCUCAUGCCGGAUAUGAGGUAGGGACGGUCAAAGGUGUGGCCCAUGGGUCAUGGUCGUCAGAGGAGACUAAAAUGUCUUCUACUUGGCGGGAACUUUGUGGAGUUUAUAGAGUUUUAAAGUCAUUAAUUGAUGUGCUUGCAAGUCACCGCGUUAAAUGGUUUACAGACAAUCAGGGAGUUUGUAGUGUUAUUAAAAAAGGUUCUAUGAAAAAGGAUUUACAAGAUUUAGCUAUCAAAAUAUUCCAUUUAACAGCAAAAUAUUCAAUUAAUUUAGAAGUUGAAUGGAUUCCGAGAGAAGAAAACGGAUUGGCAGAUUAUUUAUCUAAGAUUGUAGAGAGGGGUGACAGGGGAAUUAGUUUGAAUGUAUUUUAAAUGUUGCAAAGCAAAUGGGGCCAUUUAGAUGUAGAUGUUUUUGCGUAAGAGCAUAAUGCAAAACUUUUAACAUUUUUUAGUAGAUUUUGGUGCCCAACAUCUGCAGGUAUCGAUGCUUUUACAUUUGACUGGAGCAUGUUUUUGGGCUGUACGUUCCUCCUGUUACUCUAAUUCCCAGAGUUUUGAGUAAAAUGGCGUAUUGUAAAGCGAAAGGCGUUUUGGUUGCGCCAGAAUGGCAAUCGGCUAGUUUUUGGCCACUUAUAUGUGAUAAUUCUGGCGACUUUAGUGCAUUUGUUAAAGAUUUAAUCUUUUUGCCUACAAAUAUAGGUUUAUAUACAUUAUGCAGAAAUGGUGUUGGCAUAUUUGGUACAGAAAACCUGCGGUUCAGAUGGAUUGCUUUUUUCGUUGAGUUUUAAAGAUCAAAUCGUUAUGUGUUAUUUACCGAGGGAGGUAAUUGAAGUUAUAAUAACAACCACAUCCUGAAUUCGGUGUUUCCAUAUAUAACUAAUUCUGUUUUAGCCCUAAAUUCAAAGAAGGGAGAUUACUCGUGAAUGAGUAUGCGCUGAGAAGUACAGCGGUUGUGGCGCUUGCCUUCUUUACAGUGACCUGUUACACACCAGGUGUGGGAAAGUGCGUAGACAUGCAGAUGAUAUAAACGCACUGCCUGAGGUCUUGGUGGGGGCGGGGGGGGGGGGGGGUUUCCUUGCUGCCGGAGUAACUCAAAGAAUUCAGCCGGUAUGCGAGUCCCAACGGCUAGUACCAAAAAACAGAGUUUUGUUUGUUUUCUAUAUAGGCAAAGGAGGGAUGUAAGGAAAGUCCGGAAUUCCGUACAUUGAACAGUGUUACAUUUUUUACGCUGUGCACAGACACAUUGAUGCAGCCAAAUUCAGGGAAUUUCUCUCGAAAAGCUUAUAAAAUAUUCGAAUAUAUUAAUUCGUUCCUGCUGGCGUUAAGUAGAGGUCAUUUAAAGUAAAAAUCUGGGUAAAACAGCUAUGCCGAAAAAGCGCAUGAGUGUUCUAUAACGAUGUUACGGUCAGAAUGUGGUUGACACCUUGUGAACAACUAUGGUAACAAGUUAUGCAUAAACAUUCAAAGUACGGGUCAACAGCGUUGUCUAAAUGACUAUAGAAUUUAUAAAAAGUACUGCUCGCAUAUUUAUUUAUUUUAAUCAAUUAUCUUAUUGUUUAUUUUUAAAUUUUAUGGCGUCAAAAAAAGUUUGAAAAGGGAAUUUCCAUCAUGAAAUUAUAUUCUUAGUGUGAUAGGUAUUCGAUAUUCCCACAAUAUUCAUUUAAUAUGAUGGUGAUUGCACAUUUUAUUUUAUAUUAACUGGUUAUCAUUAUAACAUUUUUAUAUAUUUUUAAUACUUUCAGAACGUCUAGAUGUUGUUGUUAUUUUGUUUAAGUUAUCUCUAUAACAUAAAUAUGAUGAUAAACAGUGCACACGCAUCUCGAACUGUGCGUUAAGACACACUCUUUAUAAAUUUGAAUGGGUUGUGUUCAUUUCAAACUUGCGAUUUAAAAAGAUACAAGAUAAUUUUGAAAAAUGAGUUGCGUCUAAGAUUAUGCAAUAGCGAACAACUUCAGUGCCUUCAGCGCUUUGAAUACCUGUACAGUCGACUAAGUUGUAGACAUCGAUAAUUAUGACAUUUUUCAUAACCGUUCUGCAGCAACCACAGCAGUAUGCUUACUCGUAAAUAAUCACUUUUAAGUACAUGUAUGUAAUCCGCUUAAUCGCUAACUUUACAAUGAGAUCAACAAUUUCACAUGAAAUCCAACUAUGUUUGAGGAUUAAUACAUACUAGAUCUGAUAUCGACUAUUGAGUUAAAAGCAUUUGAUUUCAUACACGCAGACUUAAAGACCAAAAAUAAGCAUUCGACUGGCGCUAGGUUUUUAAAUAAGAAAGUUCAUAGAUGUAUUUAUGAAAUAAUACCAUGGUCGAUUAUUUGCUUAUAUAUGGAACUAAAAUAUAAUGGAUAUAUACUGAUAUAUUCAAGAAAAUGAGCAUUCAAACGCGUUAGCAAUUUCAGAGAAAACUUAAUUUCGUUUUAAAUAUGUCGGGAAGCCAAUAUGUUUAUGGACCAAAUAUAUAACUGAGGAUGUCAGAAAAGGAAGACCACAAGAUAACCUUGGUAGGUGUUAACCCGCAUAGCCGGACGCUAAAGUUCCUGAACAACAAGAACAACCAGGCGCUUGUGAUCCUGAAAAAGCGUCUGGAGAGUUUUGAGCGUCAGAAGACGCUCUCCAUUUCCAGCAUAGAGACGCGGCGUCUGGACACGCAACAGUUCCUCAAACACGUGCAGUAUCUUGAGCACCAGGAUGCGGACAACGACAGACUCGUAGUUCGCGAUGUGGGCAGCGCGUCCCAAACGCCGGAUCCUCCGAAGCAACCCCGACGACGCCGUAAAAUUCGCCUAGCGAAGACGGCGCCGGCUGCACACGCCGCCCACUCCGAUAGUGAGUGCGUUGACGGGAAAAGAGACGAAAAGCGAAAAGGCGUCAAGUCGGGACCGGAAACGCAAGCCGAAAAAGAGAAAAUGCUUUAUGGACAUCGGGGUGAUGAAUUCGCGUCACAAAUGCGCAUGGAAAGAAGGGAUUCUAUGUUCUUUCAGUUAUCCGGUAGGGGCAGACAUGAUUCCGCGGAUAUAACCGGAUAUCCGGGUUACCUGGAGAUACCGACUAGAAAAACACCGAAGCCGAAUCCGCGAACUCUGUUGGACGUUAUGAUGGGAUUGAACGCGUUCAAUCACCUACCUCCACCCUCCUCGUGUGAGCAGCAGAACGAGUCCGGUUCAGUCCGGAACGACAGUCGACUGUCGGUGGAUUAUGACUCUGUAUACGGAAGCCACGAGAAUAUUGCAAACCGAUUUAUGCAGCAAUGGAGGACGAAAGUGGCCUCCAGGAAAUUAAGUAUAAUUAAUAAACUGGACGCAUCUAUGCAACCCAAUCCGGCAGCAAGGGGAUCGUCCACGAAUCUAACGAGCGUCGCUGAGAAUCCAAGUCGUCUUCUAAAAAAUCGCCGGUCAACACGUGUGUUUGGAAGGAAAAGCGUAGUACAGCCGAUGUUGCCAGUAAUUGAUGACGAGGAGGAAAGAAAGGAACAGUUUCAGGCAUGGAUGAGCGAGGAACAAGAAAAAUCUAAGGCAGACAAACAAUUGUUUAUGUUUAAAUCUGGGGAUAACAAGCAGACGCAAAGGAGACGUUCGUUUAUGAUUUGGCUUCAGAAUCGCGAAAAGGAAAAUAAGGAAAGAGCCUCAAAGAACGAAUUGGCAUCUUAUGAAGAGAGCGAAGAUGAAAACCAAUCAGACGAUGAGCCCGAAAGUAUUGGUGAUCUCAUGCGAGCGCUGUUGAAGAUAAAGACCAGGGUGCGGGAACCAUUGGAGACAAGGGUCCGCAAGUUUAAUGCGGAAAUCGAGGACAUUAUUAAACGCGAUGAAGCCGCCAGGAAUAUGCCGAUGGGAAAGGCUCUAAAGCGGAAGUGGUUGAUGAUCAUGCAGGGAAUCGACGCCGCGCUGGCUGAGUCAAGCGACGAUGACGAUCACUACUAUUAACAACGUUUAGGUUUAGGCUCCAUUGGCAAAAUAACACUUACGUUACGGUGUUGUGCCGCAAAAUAAGACAACUUGUAUAUAAUUAAAUAGCGAACAAGAGAUGUGUUUGUCAGAAACACAGUGUCCCCUAUUGCGCCGCUUUGAAAUAAAAUUUCAAUAUAUCCUUUA